CAAUACGUGAUUUACUUCAUCACUGGAAAUAGUGCCGAACACGAUCUCACAUUUACAAUGGAUAUAGUUAAGGCGGUUCAGAAUUAUAUAAACAAAAUGGUUAACGAAGUAACGGGAAUGAAGGUGUUGCUUCUUGAUGCUGAGACGACACCGAUUAUUUCGAAUGUUAUGACUCAAUCUAGCCUGCUUUCGCACGAAACGUAUCUCGUUGACCGUAUUGACAAUAGAAAUCGGGAUAGACUACGACAUCUAAAGUGCAUUUGUUUUCUUCGACCUACCAGCGAUACCAUUCAAUUGUUGGUUGAAGAACUUAGAGAUCCUUGUUAUGGAGAUUAUUAUCUUUGUAAGUCAAGUAACACGCUCAAAAAGUCGGCUAUAGAAAGAUUGGCUGAAGUGGAUGAGCACGAAGUCGUACGUGAAGAAUAUUUUGCGGAUUAUUGUGCUAUCAAUUCUGAUUUUUUUUCCUUAAAUCUUUCUUUACCGCAACACAAAAUAUAUGGAGAUUCGCUGAAUACUUGGGAUGGUAAAACGCUUCAACGGAUUACGGAGGGUAUACUGGCCGUUUUACUUUCAUUAAAGAAGAAACCAUUGAUCCGUUAUGAGAAAACGAGUGUAAUGGCUAUGAAACUUGCAACGGAAGUGCAUUAUCAAAUACAACAGGAAGGACAACUCUUUGAUUUUCGCAAGACCGAUACACCUCCAAUAUUGCUGAUUCUCGAUCGCCGCAAUGAUCCGGUCACACCUCUUUUAUCACAAUGGACCUACCAAGCCAUGGUUCAUGAGCUAUUAGGCAUUCACAAUGGUAGAGUUGGUCUAUAUGAUGUCCCUGAUAUCCGACCGGAAUUAAAGGAAAUCGUUCUUUCACCAGACCAAGAUCCUUUUUACAAAAAGAACAUGUAUCUGAACCUUGGUGAUCUUGGUGCAAAUAUCAAGUCAUAUGUUGAGGAGUAUCAAACUAAAACGAAAUCUAGUAUGAACAUUGAAUCGAUUGCCGACAUGAAACGAUUUGUGGAAGAAUAUCCAGAGUUCCGAAAGUUGUCUGGUAAUGUUAGUAAACAUGUAGCUUUAGUCAGCGAACUAAGUCGGUUGGUGGAAAAGGAAAAUCUGUUGGAGGUUAGCGAAUUGGAACAAAGUCUGGCAUGUUAUGAACAGCACGCCAGCGACUUGAAGAAUCUGUUAAAGAUCAUCGCAAGUUCCAAUGUCUCUGAUGACAGUAAAAUUCGAUUGGUUCUACUUUAUUCAUUAAGAUAUGAAAAGUCACCUAAUAACUCGAUUACCUCGUUGAUCGAUGAGCUGCAUCGCCAUGGCGUUAGCAUACAUAAAAUUUCGUUGAUCGAGUCGAUGAUUCAAUUUGCUGGUGCUGAUCAACGCCAAAAUGACCUAUUUUCCAAUGAAAGUUUCUUUUCCCGGGGGAAAAGUGCAUUCAAGGGGUUGAAGGGAGUAGAGAACGUGUACACCCAACAUUCACCUUACCUUGCACGAAUUAUCGAAUUAUUGCUUAAAAACAAAUUAAAGGAUACCAAUUAUCCGUUUGUCGAUGGUGGGACAAAGGAUAGGCCCCAAGACAUUAUAAUCUUUAUGGUCGGAGGUACGACCUACGAAGAAGCUCGUCACAUCGCUCAAAUAAACACAUCCACCCCUGGGGUCCGGAUUGUUUUGGGUGGCACCACGGUGCACAAUAGCGAAAGUUUCUUGAACGAGAUCCAGGAAACAUUUUAUAGGUUCUCACCAACGGGUGCCACUGGCGCAAUGCCAUCAAGAUUUGGAAGAAGUCGAAAUGGUCACUAA